AAGCAGCAUGUCUCGAAGAAAGAUUUCUUCCGAGUCCUUCAGCUCCUUGGGAUCGGACUAUCUGGAGACCAGCCCAGAGGAGGAGAGCGAAUGUCCCUUGUCCAAGCUCUGUUGGAAUGGCAGCCGGAGCCCUCCCGGCCCUCAGGAGCCGGAUGCAGUCGCUACAGCCACGGCUGCCACGGUCACUGCCACGGCUACAGCCACUGCCACAGCGACCGCAGGGGCUAGGCGUGCACAGCGCCGGAGACGGGUCAACCUGGAUUCUCUGGGUGAAAGCAUCAGCCGCCUGACGGCGCCCACGCCUCAGAUUAUACAGCAGACUCUCAAGAGGACACUACAGCAUUAUGAGCAUCAAGUUAUUGGUUACAGGGAUGCAGAAAAGAAUUUCUACAAUCUCUCUAACAGAUGCUCCUAUGCAGACCAUUCCAGUAAAGAGGAAAUUGAAGAUGUCUCAGGAAUUCUUCAGUGUACCGCUAACAUGCUUGGUUUGAAGUUUGAAGAAAUGCAAGAAAGAUUUGGGGAGGAAUUCUUCAAUAUCUGUUUUGAUGAGAACGAGAGGGUCCUUCGGGCUGUAGGAAGCACCUUGCAGGACUUCUUUAAUGGUUUCGAUGCUUUACUGGAACAUAUUAGAACUUCAUUUGGACGACAGGCCACUCUGGAAUCUCCAUCUUUCCUAUGCAAAGAGCUUCCAGAGGGUUCUCUAAUGCUCCAUUACUUUCAUCCUCAUCACAUUGUGGGGUUUGCAAUGCCUGGAAUGAUAAAGGCUGCAGGAAAGAAGAUCUACCGACUGGAUUUGGAGGUGGAAAAAGUGACCCAUGAGAAGCUGUGUUUGGAGGGCUCAAACCCAGGGAACUGCAGCUGUCUUACAUUUGUCAUUAAGGAAUGUGAAAAUUCAAACAUCACAAAAAACCUUCCACCUGGAACAUCCCAAACUCCUGCUGAUCUCCGAAUCAGCAUCAACACAUUCUGUAGAGCUUUCCCCUUCCACCUGAUGUUUGAUGCCAGCAUGCUGGUUCUGCAAUUGGGGGAAGGACUGAGGAAACAGCUCCGAUGUGACACUCACAAGAUUCUGAAGUUUGAGGACUGCUUUGACAUAGUUUCCCCAAAGAUCAGUGCCACCUUUGAAAGAGUCCUGCUGAGGCUGUCCACUCCAUUUUUGAUUCGGACCAAACCGGAGGCUUCUGGUUCUGAAAAUAAAGACAAGGUGAUGGAAGUCAAAGGACAGAUGAUCCACAUUCCAGAAUCAAAUUCUAUUUUAUUUUUGGGCUCUCCAUGUGUAGACAAGUUGGAUGAACUCAUGGGUCGUGGCCUGCAUCUCUCAGAUAUCCCCAUCCAUGAUGCAACUCGUGAUGUGAUAUUGGUUGGGGAGCAGGCCAAAGCCCAAGAUGGAUUAAAGAAGCGGAUGGAUAAACUAAAGGCAACUUUAGAAAGAACUCACCAGGCUCUGGAAGAAGAGAAAAAGAAGACAGUGGACCUUCUGUUUUCCAUUUUCCCUGGAGAUGUAGCCCGACAGUUAUGGCAAGGACAGCAAGUUCAGGCCAGAAAGUUUGAUGAUGUCACCAUGCUCUUCUCUGACAUAGUGGGUUUCACAGCUAUCUGUGCUCAGUGUACUCCUAUGCAAGUCAUUAGCAUGUUGAAUGAGUUAUACACCAGAUUUGAUCACCAAUGUGGAUUUCUGGACAUUUACAAGGUGGAGACAAUAGGCGAUGCAUAUUGUGUUGCAGCAGGACUGCACAGGAAAAGCCUUUGCCAUGCGAAGCCCAUUGCCUUGAUGGCCUUGAAGAUGAUGGAACUUUCAGAGGAAGUGCUGACACCUGAUGGGAGACCAAUUCAGAUGAGGAUAGGGAUUCACUCAGGGUCUGUCCUGGCUGGAGUUGUUGGUGUAAGAAUGCCAAGAUAUUGCCUGUUUGGAAACAAUGUCACCCUUGCCAGCAAGUUUGAAUCAGGCAGCCAUCCACGACGCAUCAAUGUUAGCCCGACAACUUACCAAUUAUUGAAGAGAGAAGAUAGUUUUACCUUCAUUCCUCGAUCCCGUGAAGAACUUCCAGACAACUUUCCAAGGGAAAUCCCUGGAAUCUGUUAUUUCCUGGAGCUCACAACUGGUCCCAAACAGCCAAAGCCCUCAAUCUCUUCAACUCGAAUGAAGAAGGUUUCCUACAAUAUUGGCACCAUGUUCCUUCGGGAGACAAGCUUAUGAGACCUGCUGCAGAUCAAAGACUCAUCACAAAAGCACAAGCCCAGAACCUGGGUCUGGACAGAAAAAUGAGGAGAGAUCCUUUCUCCUUCACUGCAUCAUUCUGGGCAAGCAGUAAAAUCUCUGUGUAAUGUCAUGCAAUAAUACUAGAAUAAGGUGGGUGAUGGCUGUCAGUAAACAAACUGGAGGGGAAGACAAUUAAGGGAAUCAAAUGUGUCCACCCCUAAAAGAGGUAUAAACAAAUUAAAUUAUAAUCAUAGUCCCUUUAUCAAAUAAAACCUAAAACUAAACUCCUUGGGUUUUCUGUUUGAUAUCCAUGAGGUGACAUGACCUUAAGAAUUGUGCCCACUGAAAAAUAUAAGAGAGCCAGUGUGGAGUCUGCAUUCUUAGAUUCAAUGUUAUUCAGUAAAGGAAGUUUUAUAGUUUUUUGGAAGAGACAUUUCUUACAGAUACCAUAGAGGUUUGGUCAACUUCCCAACCAGAGAAAUUGUAACUGAGUAAAAUAUUUUAGGGAUAUUACCUAUUUUUAUACAUCUUUCUCUUUCUGGAUAAUAACAUUUCACAUAAAAAUUGAACUAGCUUUUCAGAGUAUACUACUGUAUAUUUGGUGUAUUAUGUAACUUUAACCUAAUAAUCUUAGAGGGAUUAGUAUCAGAUAGACAUUGCUUUGGUGAUUUCAUAUAUGCAGAAAACCCUGUCUAUCUGUCUAUUAGACAUGUCUUUCAAAUGUAAUUAAUGUAACUGAAAUUUAAAAGAAAUGGAGUUCCUAGAAGUCAAUUAAAAAUAAACAAGGAGAAAGGAAUCUUUUCCUCUUUUUGUUGAAAAUUUGCAGUAAUUUACAAAAGAAAAUUACUUUGGUCCCUUAAUGGUUUUUAUAUAGGCACUUUAAAAUAUAGUUAGAUAUUGGAACAUGCUAAAUUAUGCCCUAUACUAUAAUACUUAUUAAAUACCUACCCUGUACAGAACACUGCAUGCACAUAAUGUGCUAUAUGUCAU